AUGAACUUUCUCACAGAAGAACAUUACAGGCUAAGAGGGAAGCUUAAGGAAUUGGACCAUGAAGAGCAUUUACUGCACGACUACGAAAGACGAGUUUCUGUGUUGAAGCAGCAGUUGUCUACCAAAGAGAAAGUGCAUGACGCUGUGGUGGAGGAUCUCAAGACCAAAGUGGCUGAAUUGAGCAAACAGCUCGAACAGACUUCUAGACAAGCACCAGCGCCAGGACCUGGGAAGAGAAGUACGUUCCUUUCUCCACCAAGCACAGCAGCUCACCAUAGAUCCAUGCCUCAAUUCACUGACCAUAGCUUUUUCUCUCCUGGAGAAACGAAAUCUGUAUUCAGCAAACUGUUGUUCUCGCCUGUUUUGUCCAGGCCAAGUCUGGUAGGCGCUAGGGCUCCUCCAUUGGGAUCUAAAGCUAAAUCGCUAAAGGAGAGUCUAGCGUCGCUGCUGAAGGAAGAUACUCAGAAAUCGCAACUGGAGCCUGUCAUGGAGCCACAACCGAACGUUUUCUCGUCUCCUGGUACAUCUGCAGAUGCAACGCCUAUAAAGAAACGCCCCCAAGAGGAUGAUGCAGAAAUCGAGGCUAAUCUGACUACAGUGAACCAUAAUACGAGUGUGGAUGAGAAUGACAGUUUCCGAAGCGCCAGUGCUGAUUUGCUGAACCGUCAGAUCGCCAUUCCUGGCAAAAGCAAGAAAUCGAAAAUCAGACUAUUAUCUACUGACGCCACGCGAGUAGCCCUGGACCAUGGGAAAGGCUUGUUGGCUGAAGACGAGGAAAUCAACUCGCUCGAUUUCUACAACGACGAUAACUUUGCUGAAGAUAACCAUUCGUCUCCAUUACGGCCCGCCAAACGUCCUCGCGAGGAGUCCGAGGAGCCCGAAGAAACCCCAAGAAAGAAGCAUUCCCUACUUCGUGAAGCGGCUCGAAGGAACUUGGUGCUCAAGGGCCCGGUUCGCAAGGGCCUGAUUGGACUUCGUACUCUUUCUACUGCUUCCAAGGAAGUUCGUCUUUGUCAGGUCAGAAAUGCCACUUACGCCACCCAGAAUCCAACAAUCCUCGAUCUUAACGUCUCGAGGUUGCCUGCUUCGAACUUUGAUUUGCCUCAGGAGUCUCGUGCCCAGGCUGUUUUCGCCACCGACGGUUCCAAGGUAACCCCCGAGGGAUCUGUGCUUCAGAUGAAGAAGAAGGAUGGUGAAAGCAAGAAGUCUGACACUGAAGAGCCUGCUAAGGAGAAGAAGAAGGAGCCAGAACCAGCGAAAGACGUGGAGCCGGAAAGACCCAGAGAAUCUGGUGGACUGGUUGUGGAGGCCUCUCUGACGGGAGGUACUUCUGUGGGCAGCAGCAACGGCAACGGCAAUAACAACAAUAACAAUAACAACAACAAUAAUAAUAAUGACGACGAUGACGAUAACAAGAACAUGCCUUCGGUGAUGACGUACGCGCCUGGCUCUUACCCCCCUCUAUUGGCUAUCGCCAUGAAAGACAAACCACCACUUCCGGGUCGUCCAUUCUCGAUCAAUAUCUCUGAUCCAGCUGUCAAGAAGACCAUCAUUGAGAUUUGCGACAGAAGAGAACCUCACUUUGUCUUGUUCCACAUGAAGGACCCUGAGGAGCCAGAUACCGAUAUUAUCCACAAUAGAAACUCCAUCUACAACAUCGGUGUGCACUGCUACGUGCAGCGCUACUACGAGGAUGGACCUUACUUGCGUAUUCUUGGUUAUCCAAUGGAAAGAUGCAGUUUGGAAAAGCUUACUGUUCCUUCAGAAGAAGCUCCUGCCACUGCUGUCGCUACUGAUGGCUCCACCGCUCCAGAGCCUGUGGAGGAGGAUGAAGAUUUCCCAACUUCUUACUUGAAGUCUUUGGGUGUUUCUUACGCAAAGGUUUCUCACUGCAAAGAUGAGCCAUAUGACCCAAAUAGCGUCGAGUUUAAAGCUCUCAUUGAAGACGUCAAGAACCUGUUAUCAAAGAUGGCACGCGUGAUACCGAACAAGAAAGACACCGUGAGAGACGCCAGCAACUUGUUGACCUCUCCUCAUAAACUUGCUGACUUUAUCGGUUCUACUACUAGUGCUACCCCUAAGAAGGUCCAGGAAAUGUUGGAAGAGCUUAAUAUCGAAGCUAGAUUACAGAAGGCUCUUGACUUGUUCAAGAACGAACUUGAAGCUUACACGAUUGCAGAAAAAACCAUGAAGGAAUUGUCAUCUCGUGCUGAUGAAGCUCAAACGAAGCAAAUCGUUAAAGAAUACAUCAAAGGCUUACAGAAGAACGCUGGUCUUGUUGAACAAGAGAACUCCAAGACUCGCAAGUUUGAUGAACGUUUGAAGCACUUGAAGUUGAGUGACGAAGCUAUGGAAGCAUACAACAGUGAGAAAGCUAAGAUGGAAAGUCAAAAUGAGCACUCUAGUGAACUCGCUGUGAGUGAAAGAUACUUGGACUGGUUAACUUCUAUUCCUUGGGGUGUGUACUCCAAGGACCGUUUCAAGGUUUCUCUUGCCAAGGCUAUCUUGGACCGUGAUCAUUAUGGUUUAAAGGAAGUCAAGGAACGUAUCUUGGAAUUCAUCUCCAUGGGUAAGGUCUCUGGUAAGGUUGACGGUAAGAUCUUGUGUUUAACUGGUCCUCCAGGUACUGGUAAAACUUCGAUCGCCAAAUCUAUUGCCGAAGCUUUGGACCGUCGUUAUGUCAGAAUUGCAAUGGGUGGUAUUCAAGAUGUUCACGAAGUCAAGGGUCAUAGAAGAACAUACAUCGGCUCCAUUCCAGGUCGUAUAAUAUCGGCCUUGAAGCUGGCUAAGACUUCUAAUCCCUUGAUGUUGAUUGAUGAGAUUGAUAAACUCGACUUAACGAGAAGCGGUGGUGCCGCUUCCGCGUUUUUGGAGAUUUUAGAUCCUGAGCAGAACAAUGCCUUCGUUGAUAAUUAUAUUGAUGUCAAGGUGGAUCUUUCCAAGGUGUUGUUCGUUUGUACCGCUAACUACUUGGGCAAUAUUCCAGCUCCUUUGAGAGACAGAAUGGAAAUCAUCGAUGUUUCUGGUUACACUAACAAUGAGAAACUUGAGAUUGCCACGAGGCAUUUGAUCCCUCAAGCUGCUAAGAAGGCCGGCCUCGGCGAAGAACAUGUCACUAUCUCUCCACCAGCGAUUAUAAGGUUGAUAGAAAAAUACUGUCGUGAGAGUGGAUUGAGAAAUGUCAAGAAGUUAAUCACAAGAAUCUUCAGUAAAGCUUCGUUCAAGAUCGUUGAGCAGCUUGAAGAGAAGGAUGUACCAGCAAAGGAGGCUUCUGCUGCAGAGAACUCCACAGUUAAAGCUGAAGCUGCCGAAGUUCCUAAGCCAGAGGACAGUAAGCAGUUCUCCGACAAUGUCACGCUCAACGCCAACGAAGAACAGGAAGAAAUCAAGCCAUUGGACAUUCCUGCUGACGUGAAGUUGGAAAUCACACCAGACGUCUUGAAGGACUAUGUCGGUCCUGAGAUCUACACUAGAGCUCGUGUGUACGAUGUCCCACCUCCUGGUGUCGCUACCGGUCUUUCUUACAGUACAUCCGGUAACGGUGAUGCUCUUUACAUUGAGUCCAUUUUGACGCAUGCCAUUGGAUCUGGUUCGGGUCAUGCUGGUAUGCAUGUUACUGGUCACUUGAAGGAUGUGAUGAAGGAAUCGGCUUCCAUUGCUUAUUCCUUUGCCAAGCUGUUCCUCGUGAAAGAAUAUCCUGAAAACAGAUUCUUCGAGGCUGCCGACAUCCAUGUGCAUUGUCCAGAUGGUGCUAUUCCAAAGGAUGGUCCUUCUGCUGGUAUUUCCUUUACGUCCUCUUUGGUCUCGUUGGCUCUUAACAAAGCUUUGCCUCCUACGACAGCCAUGACUGGUGAAAUCACUCUUACAGGAAAGGUCUUGCCUGUUGGAGGUCUCAGAGAGAAGAUCCUUGGUGCUAAGAGAUAUGGUUGCGAUACUAUCAUUUUCCCUAAGGAUAUCGAGAACGAGCUUGAAGAGAUUCCAGAUGAGGUCAAGAGCGGUGUCAAGUUCAUUCCUGUUCUGUGGUACUCUGAAGUUUUCGAAGCUAUUUUCCCUGAUGCUAACAAGGAAGAGUUCAGCAAUGUCUGGAAGGAGGAGUUUGCAAAGUUGGAUGAGAAAAAGAAGAAGAAGAGCGACUAA